UGUUAACAAUAAAAUAAUCGAAGGGAUAACUAAAUAAACUGAAUUUGGUUACAUUUGUUAGACUUAUCAUUUAAUUAAUUCUAAUUUUGUACUUAAAGUAAUUCUAGUUUGAUUGCUUAAUGGCUUCAGUUAUAUCAUGUUUUAAAAGAUGCUUUGAUAGCUUAAAGUACACAGAACAUAUAGCAAAUCUUGAUUUAAAUUCUAUCAGUCUGGAUACUAGUCGAAUGGGCAAUGAAGUAGUAAUUGUUAAAAAUGGUACAAGAAUUUGUGGAAGUGGUGGUGUAUUAUGUUCUGCUCCAUUAGUGCAAAAUAAAUCAUAUUUUGAAGUUAAAGUACAACAGUCUGGUAUUUGGGGAGUUGGUUUAGCUUCUUAUGAUGUAGACUUAAGUAAAGCGCCAGGUGGUCAUGAUCAAUACUCUUGGGUUUUAUGUAAUGAUGGUGCACAAAGGCACAGUCAGCAAGUUAUAAAAGCUAUUGAUAAUAAUAUAAACGAGGGUGAUAUUAUUAGUGUUUUUUAUGAUCAUGUUGAAUUGAAUUAUUCAAUUAAUGGUCUUCCAGUUAAUGAACCAAUUACAGGGAUAAGAGGAACAGUGUAUCCGGCGUUAUUUGUGGAUGAUGGUGCAAUAUUAGAUAUUAUAUUGGAAAAAUUUUCGUAUCCACCUUCAAAUGGUUAUGAUAAAAUUAUGUUAGAGCAAUCUAUUUUAUGAAAAUAUAAUUUAUAAAUUAAAAUUUAAUUAACAUUCCCAAAGAUAUUUUAUUCCAUUUGUGUCAACAAUUAUGUACUUAUAACUUUUUAAAUAUUUUAUGUGUACAAUAUCUAUAAAUCUCAUUGUAUGUGCUUGUAUGAUGUUUAUAUUAUAAAAAGUAUUUCAAGUAUAUUUAUAAAUUUGUAAUAUAGUGUAUUAAUCACUAUUAUAUGUAUAUGUAUUUGUGUCUCUCUAUUUUUAAAUUAGUCUGAAUUUCUUAAUUAUUUGAAUGUAUUUUUUAAGUUUUAUAAAUAAUCUCUUUUUUUUACUAUAUUAUGAUUUUAUAUGACAAUCUAGAAAUUAUUUUAAUAAGCCAUGACCAUUAUCUCCA